CAGCAUACAGUUGGGGCUGAACUUUGUCCUACCUCCAGACAGAAAAACAACAGGCAGAGUAUAAAAAGGGGGAGCAGCGGAGGAAGAGACUUGUUUUUGUUCGAGGAGUUGCAGCAACGCAGAGCUGAGCACAGAGAGAGAAACUUUUUUACCAAAGGAUUGGGGCAGUGAGGAGGCACCACAGAGAUGUGGGCGUGCCUCAGCCUGCUCACCACUCUCUGCCUGCUCCAUGGGGGCGGCGCAGAGAGUGACGGGGGCGGGCCUCGUUGUCAGCUGCCGCCAGCAUGGAGGAUAGGGGAGGUGGAGCCCAUGAAGGGGGCCAUGGGCCGGGUGACAGUGGUGGCCCUUCUACAGGCCAGCUGAUUGUUCUGCUUGGUGCAGGCUUCCAGAAUGGACGGCCUGCGCCAGAAGCUGGAGAGUCAGGGUCUGAAGGACGUGGUCUACAUGGUGGUUAACCAGCAGGGGGAGCAAGCACAGCGCCUGCACACCAUGCUGGCCCAGAGACUGACAGAGAACAUCACCCUCUACAAACAGGAGGAGCAGCAGCCUAAUGUCUGGCAGGCACUGACCGGAGAGAAAGAUGACUUCUUCGUUUAUGACAGGUGUGGUCGUCUCACCAACCACAUCUCUCUUCCGUACUCCAUCAUCGGACAAGGUCAUGUUGAGGGUUCGAUCAGAGAUACCUACUGCAGACGCAUAUGUGGGGACUGCACACACGAGAGCACUGACACACCAGUGGAGUGCACUGUGAGAGCAGACGCACAGCCUGACGCAUACGCCACCCCAGCUGUAGAGGAAGACACCGGGCGUGGUCACGGGCAUGGUCACCAUCAUGGACAUCCCCAUGGUCAUGGCCACCAUGGGGAUAACCAGGGUGUUGUUCAGCCCCAUGGCCAUGAUCACAACCAUGGUCAUCACCAUGGAAGCCACGAUGAACAGCAAGCUGUUAGACCACAGAGGCAUGCGCAAGAUGGUCAAAGGCAGGAUCAUUUAGAUUUAGGCCAGACGCAGCAAGCAGUGUACAUGCAGAGGCCCUGAGCACAAGAGCAGGCCAGGUGAAAGUCAAAGCACAGCUGACAGUGGACAGCAGGCUCUGACAACGCCGCCUCUCCUAAGGCCAGCUGAUGCUGACACUGACGCAGGCUGUUUGGCGACGCAGGGAGCGAGCAGCCGGUUGGUCUGUGACACUGUGACGAGGCGCUACCCGCCUCCUGACAGUGACACGGGCUGAUGGGCGACGCAGCCAAUAAUGUCAGGGAGACCUGACAGUGACGCUCGCCUCCCGCUGACUGACAGCAGCCUCAGCCAGCGCAAUGAGCCUGACCCCCAGGUGUUGUGAGCUGAACAUGAGAGCAGCUGUAAGCUGGCUCUGACAUCAGCUUCACAUUAAUAAUACCAGCCAGAAACACCGGGGCCAAGCGCUCUAUUUACCAACAAGUAUUACCCUGGGAGAGGGCAGGGCAAUCCCUGACAGCAUGUGGGAUAGAUGAACAUGAGUCCAACAUUAAACACAUCGAGCAAAGCGUGCAUUGGCAGCUUGUUAACUCGGCACAUUUGGCAACAAAUAAUUUGGUUGUGCCUUAAAGGGGAACUACGGCCAUUUUCAAAAUUCAUACAUGUUAUUCCUAUGGUCUAAAUCAGUCCAAAAAUAUUAGUAAACAUGAACAACUCUCUCCCAAAUCCAAAAACUAGAGAGCUAAAACUCAA